AAGCAACUCUCCUAGAGCCAAAGUUACAGGUAACAGUAAAGGUUUAAAGAUUGAUCCAAAGAACAAUGAAGUGUUGGAUUGUGUUCACUUCGCUCCUUGGAGCUGCCUUUUCUUUACCACUUCCCCCUAAUCCUCAGCACCCAGGAUACGUCAACUUCAGCUAUGAGAUAUUAUCACCUUUAAAGUGGUACCAGACCAUGAUGAAACAUCAGUAUCCUUCUUAUGGUUAUGAGCCUAUGUCUGGAUGGCUGCAGAAUACCAUGGUACCAAUGUCACCACCACUGCUUCCCCAGCAACAACUACCGCAUCAGCAUGUCAUUCCAAAAUUGCCAUUCCAUCAUCCUCUACUGCUACCUCAGCAGCCAAUGAUCCCUGUGCCUCCUCAUCAUUCAGUGGUGCCUCCACCACCCCAGCAAACACACCAGCAAAAUCCAACCUACCCUGUCGGGAGUUUUCCAACAAGCAACCAACCACUAGAACUCCCCAAACCUGACCAACAAAACCUACCAGGGCAGCCCUUGUACCCAAUCCAGCCACAGCCCCCUCUUGUUGAAGAAAGACCCCAUGAUCCAUGGCAGCCAGCAGGAAAAAACAAGCAGGAGGAACUGGAUUAAACGUUUUUGAAAAUCAAGAAAUUGUCCAAUGCAAAAAACAAACGAUUUGACAAUCAUCACUGCAUGGGAUUCAACAAGAAAUGCUAAUUUUAGACUUUUAUUGUAACUGCAUUGUAAAAGAGAGAAGAAACAAAUCAUGUCACAUAAAUAAUUGAACAUGCUCCAAAUUUGUAAAGUUUGCGUAGCUGACAUAUGGAAAAUAAUUGGUGACUCAGAGCUGUGAGAAUAAACUGCUUUAAUCUAAAA